CAAUCUGGUAUAUUCGCCUGACAUUUUUUAGUCAUAGAUGAAACCCUAAAUCGCGACAGAAAGAUCAUAUCUCCUCUUCUCUUCUCUGCUACGUCUUCUCCCACAACUCCGACGAUUUCAGCACCGGCUGUGAUUUAUCUCUCUCACUUGUUCCGAUUUCUCCGUCAUGGAUGCUCAGAGAGCAUUGCUCGAUGAACUCAUGGGUGCAUCACGUAAUCUGACUGAAGAAGAGAGGAAGGGGUACAAGGAACUCACAUGGGAUGACAAGGAAGUUUGUAGGUUCUAUAUGGUUCGGUUUUGCCCCCAUGAUUUGUUCGUGAAUACUCGGAGUGAUUUGGGGCCAUGUCCAAAAGUUCAUGAUCCAAAGUUGAAGGAAAGUUUUGAAAAGUCCCCACGACAUGAUGCAUAUGUUCCCAAAUUUGAAGAGGAGCUAGCUCAUUUCUGCGAGAAGUUGAUCAUGGACCUGGACAGAAGAGUGAAGCGUGGUCAAGAACGCCUUGAUCAAGAUGAGGCAACUCCCUUACCUCCCUCGUUGUCAACAGAAAAGUCUGAACAGUUAUCUCGCCUGGAGGAAAGUAUUAAGAAUUUACUGGAACAAGUGGAGUCUCUUGGUGAAGCUGGAAAUGUGGAUGAAGCUGAAGCAUUGAUGAGAAAGGUUGAGCUGCUUAAUAUUGAAAAGAUAUCCUUGACUCAGAAGUCACAUCAAACCAGUUUGCUGAUGAUGGCACAAGAGAAAAAGAUGGCACUGUGUGAAACAUGUGGCUCUUUUUUAAUUGCAAACGAUGCUGCUGAGCGGACUCAGUCUCAUGUCACAGGCAAACAACAUGUGGGUUAUGGCAUGGUUCGAGAUUUCUUGUCUGAAUACAAGGCUGCACGAGAGAAGGCAAGAGAAGAUGAAAGAUUGGCAAGGGAGAAGGAAUCAGAAGAAAGAAGGAAGCAGGAGAAAGAAAAUGAGAACAGACAUAGAAGUGGUGGGGGUUCAUCUGAUAGGGAUAGAUACCGCGAUAGGAAUUAUGGAAGGGAGCGUGAUCGCGAUCGCCACCAUGAAAGAGAUCGUGAACGCAAUUUCAGAGUCACACGUGACAGAGAUAAUGGUGGUUCAAAUUGGAAUAGGUACGGUAACACCAGAAACGGAAGAGGGGAUAGGAACCGAGAUCGUGACAGAAGCAGGUCGAGGUCACCAGUCCGGCUUGGUGGUUGCCGGAGCUUAACAAAGAGUCCGGUUCACCAAUAUUAGAAGCAUUUAUAAGGAUAUAUACAUCCGAAGUUUGAAAAGUUGAGCUAAAAGCUUUAUUGAGACUAUAUGAUCUUCCCCCAAUGUAGAGGAGAAAGGUUGAUGAGGUAGGUAUUGCUCUGUUGUUGCACCUCUUUGCUCUAUCUAUUUUGUGCUCUGUUUGUAUUAUUUGGUAUGAGUGUUAUCUUUUUAGGGUCACAUAUAUUAGUUAAAAACUGAUCCGUUAGUUAGCAUUGGUAACCACAGCUGCUUAAGGAGAUCAUUCCAACACUGAGGUAACAAUUACAACCCGUUUGUCCGAAUUGGUUACUUUAUUGGUCCUUUUUUCCCAUCCUACGUGAGGGUUUAAACCAACUUUGUUAUUUUUUUGCAUAUUUGGCAUGGUAAUCGGCUCAUAUGAGAAUGCUUUAAGCCUUGAUAUAAUAUCUGUUUGGUCCAAAUGUCCAAUGAUGGGGGUUCACAGAUAGGUAAAUUCACACAAACUCCAUAUCCCUUCAUUUGGUAGAGAUAGAACUAUGCAGGGACUCGCCAGCUGAUGUGGCAGCCAGCGCCGUUUGCAGAAAUCUUGGUUCAAACUAACACUAUAAAGGUAACAAAGGCAUUUCACAAAUUAUGUGUCAAAGUUUUCAAAACAUUUACUUUUACCUUUUUCUUAAUAAGCCUUCAAAGAAUAAAAAUAACGACACAUCGCAUUUUCGUGAGCUAAAAUGAUCAUGUAAUAAGUACACACAAGCAUUAUCCUAAAAUAGAUAAAUAGACAAAACACAUGUUAUGAGAUUCAAACUCUCCACAUAUGUAAACAGAGUUUCCACUUUCCACAUGAAAUGCCUGUGAUUGUUUCUUUUAAAAAUAUUUAUUAUAAUUUAAAUGCAUAUUAUGCAUAUGAAUAUGAUCCCCUAGCCCCCCUUUAAGAUACUGACACUGGCUUGGAACCUUCAAGUGUAUCUUUGAAAUUUGCAAUCAUUUUUUUUCAAGAAAGAGAAUGCAAAUAUUUCCCUUAAAGAAUUUUUUAAGGCUUUCGUUGGCUUGCUGCGAUGUGGCAUAGAUUCUCAUUCCCUACACCAAAUUUACCCUUUGCAUAAAGACGGGUAUGUACGGAGUUAGGAUCUACGGUACACGUAUAUGGGUAUGCGGAUACCUAGAUACAAAUAUGUUAUGCCAACUUUAUCGGUACGCAUAAGCAAAAAAAUUUGUGCUCAGUCUAGCGUGUAUGAGAAAGUUUCUCUGGUAACACUAUUGCUUUAG